AUUUCAUCUCUGCAUGUAUCGAGUCAUAAUUAGCAUUUUUUCCUAAUGAACGCUAAAUCCAUAACCCUUAAAAGCCAAAUUCAAGGGUUAAGGUAGCUAUUUUUUUUGCUUUUGCUUAUGAACAGUAAAAUACCAGCCAUGCCCUUAAUUCAUGCCUAUUUUUUUGCUGAAAAACCUUAUGAACAGUGAUUUGGCGACUUUGCCCUUGCUUUAUUAAUUUUUUUUGCACAUGGAGUGGUUUUUUCUCCUUUGGCCUUUGCUCUCUCGAAUCAUCUGAACUCUCUCAAACUCAUACCUCCUUCUUCUAUUUCCUUCCUUCACGAGAUCGCACCACCACAACAACCAUUCUUCCUUUCUAAACGCGCACCACCACAACGCGCCGCCAGCACCGCUGCCCAUCCAUUCUUUCUUGAACGAACUGACGUCGAUUUGGGUCGAAGUUUUUUAGAGGAUUCAAUCCCGUUCCUUCUAACUCUUAUCGCAAUCUUGAUGAGCAGAUUGGUCAGCUUAUGUAAUGCAAGCCUCCUUCCGAACAAGAGGGUUUGUGGUACAUGAAAAUUUUGGGAUUUUUGUUUUGUUUUUGAGGGUUUCUGGUACCCGAAACAAUUCCCAACUUUCUGCUUUUUUUCUCUCUCUCUUCCGACCAAGAACCAAUUCAGGGUUUUUGCGUUUGUUUCAGGCAAGCUUCAACAAUCUUCAAUGGCGGACGAUGAUUACAAUGGAUUCUAAAUUGCCUUGGCACGAGCACGAUAUUGAAGAUUCUGGAACGAGUUCUUCAAGAUUCUGGAACGAGUUCUUCUUGCUUAAGGAGGUAAGAGAGAUGCUCGGAUGAAGUCUGAUCCUGCAAGGUGGAAGCCGAGGAAGAAUUCUAUGAAGACAUACCCUGUCAUUUAACGGAUUGGACUUACUGUAUUUAUUUUAUUUUAUGUAUCAUAAUCUGUAAUCUUUUGCAGGCUCGGUUUUAAUUGUUUAAAGCCUUAAACUAUUAUGAUUGAGCUAGCAGUUCAACUGAAGUUUGUUCAUUAGAAGCAGUGCGGAUUACUACGUAUAUUAAUUUCUCCUUUGUUUUAUUGGCUCUCAAAUCUAUGUCAACAGACUUUUACUGGGGUUCCACCUAUUUUGAUACAUGUAUGGAAUAACUUUGUAAUUUUCGUUAUUGCAAUGUUGAGGUUUUAGCACAAUUUAUAAGGUGUUUGCAAUUAGUUUAGUUUUUUAAGUUUUAAACAAUCAUUAUUGGAUGCUUUAAAAUGUAAUCUUAUUUAAAUUUUGUAAAGUUUAAUUAUAUUUGAAGUGUAAGUGUAGUGUGUAACCCAUUGUGAAAA